GGAGGUACAAAAAAGGCUCCGCCGUCGUGCAGUCUGUCACACGGACCACACACACCCAAGUCAGCGGACCGUCAAUAUUUCAGCUCCAUCCUGUGACUGCGUCCUCUCCAAUCCGGUGUCUUCAAUAUAAUCAAUACGUCCAAUUACAGGCUUAAAAUCGACAUCACCUGCAUUUAUUUUUAUUUUUUUAUUUACCUUCCAUCAUCAUCAUCAUCUCCAGAGCUGUCUGAGAGAGGAGGGCUGAUUUAUUUCAGCCGACACGUUGAUUGAUGAAAAGUUUGCGCUUGUUUCAGAGAGCGAAACUAAUCCACAGGAGGAGAGAAGACAUCAUUAUCGGUUUAUUUUCAGCUCUGAAAUCUUCUGAGAGCGCACUGAAUGCGGAAUAACAGGAUUUGGGAGAAAAUGAAAAGGUCUAACGGCGUCAUUCGACACCAGCUCAUCUUGCUGUUGGCUGCUGCAAUGGCAACGGCCCUGGAUACUCCACACAACCUGGCCAGCGAGAGGAGCUCCAUCGAGAGCACAUACGAGCUGACCAAAUACCUGGAGUAUCAGCUCAAAGAAAUCAAAGACAUAUAUCUGACUUACCUAGGCCCUCCCUUCAACGAGAAAGACUUCUCCCCUCCACGGCCCAACAGUACGGCUUUGUCCCUGCCCAGUGCUGCCACUCGCCUGGAGCUGUGGCAUGGCCUGGAGAACCAAGCUCGGCUAGCCCAGAACCAGAAGGCCUACUCUGUCCUGCUGGCAGCCGUCAGGGAGUUGGCAAGCUCUACCCUAUGCCCCUCCCUCAAGACCUCCCUGCUGCACUUUUGCACAGGCCUGGAUGGGCUGCUGGGCUCCAUAUCUGCACUGAUGACCACCCUUGGUUACACAAUCCCUCCGCCAUCAUCGACAGACAUGGGAAAUAAUGCUGGAGAGAUUCAGUACCGUCAGAGAGGGGCAGGGGGCAGUAGACCAGCUCCACUGAUGAGCCAGAGCCUUUACAGGACCAGAGCUGGAACAAGGACCGAGUACGGUCAGCGCAACAGCCAAAGAAGAAGUGGGGCAAGGGUGGUCAGAGGAGAAGGGGAAGAUGGCUUCACCGUAGACCUGGUGGAAAAAAGGAGAGGAAAAGAGGCGAGGAGAGCGGAGGCGACCACAGCUGGAGGAAGGAGUGGCGGAUCAAGAGAGAAAGGAAGAGGAGAAAGAGGGAGGAGAGUGAGGAGGGACGAGCCCGAGAGCGGGAAAUGGACUGCUAGUGAGGAUGAGAGGGUAGGGGAGAAGGAAGAGGAAAAACUAGAGCAAGAGAGAGGGGUGGAGACAUGGGGGAGGAGGAGAAGGUUACUGAGUAUCAAUGAGGAGGAAGAGGAGAAGGAGAGGCAGCCUGAAUCCAGGGUAAAAGUGUUAUACUCAGGCACAGAUGGCUCCAGCGCCCUUCAACAACCGACCCUCCAAACUGGCAACAAUUACAACAACAAUCAGUACAGCUACAACCUGAACUCACAUCACUCGGACACACUAAGAAAAGAAGAUGGGUUUAUGAUAGCGGGGAGCAGAGGGUUAAUGGUGGAGGAGAAGCAAACAGACAUGGAAUCUGCCUCCUCUUCCUCCGCUUUCCAUUAUCAACUUCGGCGUCCUCGCUCCCUCUUCUCCCCGACCCUCCAACCUUCUCUGUCCACCCUCUCCCUCCUCUACCAGUUCGGAGCAGGUGAGGAGCACACUCUCCUCCCUCAGCCCAUCCCUCUGUCUUUACAAAGGGGCACCUCCCUGCUUUCUCCACCUCUGACUCCGCUCCUGUCCUCCACCUCGUCCUCGUCCUCCUCAUCGUCGCUGCUGUCCGUGCGGCCGACGAUGAACGACUUUGCCAGGAAAGUGGAAGGGUUUUGGAUAUUGCGAGAGCUGCAGAGUUGGCUGUGGCGAUCAGCAAAGGACUUUAACCGCCUCAAGAAGAGACUCAGAGGCUGAGACACUGAGACAGCACACACGCAAGUGCAGUAUAUCGGAAAUCUAUUAUUUGCACAAAAUCUGAGUGGAAACCAACUGACAAAAGCGCAUAAACACAUUCAUUCUUAACAUAUUCUUUCAUACUGUACUGGAAUAAGUGAAUGAAGGACUCUUUGGCAGAAGUGCUAAUGGAAUAUAACACACACAAAGCCAACACAUUAACAGCACUGUCACCAGCCUGAUGCACAUAGCAGCUCAUUCAUUGAGACGGGGCUGAGUUACCGGACUUCACGGCUCAUCGAUCCACAGAAAUACCACUGUAGGUGGUUACACACACACACACACACACACACACACACACACACACACACACACACACGAGGGUAGACCAAGUGACAGGCAGAGAGAGAGACAGACAGUGUAGCCAUUGAGAGAGAGAAAGCUGAUUCAGUGAUCCCAGAUGUGUGAAUCAGCAAACGUUCAUUUUUUUUCCUAAAGGAAGAAUGGGAAAUUUCUGAAUGGGCAAAAGACAAAAAAAGAGGAGGAAAUAACCAGAGGGGAUGAAGAGAAGGAGAGGAAGAGGCAAAAAGAGAAAGAGGGGAGGAGGCAUGAGUCAGGGGAUGAGCACUAGAAAUAAAGGGCAGGGGGGUAUUGCUGAGUAAUCAGAAGUCGGCUGGUCAGUUACAGUAACUCUACAACAGCGCUACACAUACUGUCCAGACAGAGAGGUAGUCAAACACACACACACACACACACACACACACACACACACACACACACACACACAUGCUUACUGUGGUAUCUGGUGCCUUAUCAUACCAUUCACUUCUUUGCUGCUUUUGCUUCAGAGCUCUUUCAUUUGUACCUCUUUUUAAUCUUUUCACUCCAUAGCGACGAAUAUUUAACACAAUCUUAUGUAGAAUAGAAUCAUUUCCAUUAAAAAAAACAAAACAGCUGUCUGUUAUGUGUGCAAAGAAAUAGCUGUUUUCGUUUUCAGGUAUACGCUUAUUUGCUUUCGAAAACAUCAAUGGAGCCAGCAGACUGUUAGCUCAGCAGAGCACAAAGACUGGAAACGGGAAAACUGCUAGCCUGGAUCUCUGCAGAGGUGACAAAAUCCACCUACCAGAGACCAGUUACCAAGUUAUAACCACAACCUCUGAUGUAGGCUGUAAUGUAGACUUUAUAGCUACACUAUAGUUGACGUGAACCUUCUCAAAAGUAUAAACACACUGGGGGGCUGUUGCAGCCAUGUUAAAACGCUGACAGGUCAGGAUGGGAUUUUUUGUGUCUUUGAUUUCACUAGAAAGACUGAAGAGGACAUGAGGCAUCACAAACACUGCUCUCUGUUACAGUAAAUAAAGUAGUAAAUACAAAAACUGCACAGACAAUCACUAGUGAUUUCACUAAUCAAACAUGGUGGACAAUACGGCCCAGCGGCAAACUACAAAGCCUCCAUGUUAAGUGCUGUAACUGCACAGGUGCUGGUUACUUGCUUUGUCCAGCUGCAGUUAGCUCUCUGCUGCUGUUCAGCUCAUCCCCUCCAGUGUUUCUCAUUCGACUGGGUCGAAUCCCGCGUCACCAACGUCACACUGUGCUCUGUGCCGGUUAGCCACAGAGAGAAAUUAAACCACCUACUUCAGGGAUGAGGGUUCAUUGUCCAUCAUUCAUUGUCCAUCGUGGUCUACUGCACGCCACUCUCAUGCAUCCAUAUCUCUGCUCUUGCUUCCAUUGGACGAGGUCAGCUCUCUUGAAAUUUGGCAACAAAUCAAACCUCACAAAUGACAAUAUGUGACUGCGACAGUUUCUACAUCUGGACUCCCUUAACCCCUUUUGCGUUUGUUUUUUUUUCCCAGCUUUAUUCUUUCUGCUGAGGUAACCUAACUGUCUUCUGGCAGUUUCAUAUUUUACAAACAGAAAGAAAACAUAUAAGCAUAUAUUUGAAAAUGUCCUUUGAGUUAUUUCACACAUUUUUUUUUGUACCUUUUAAAACAUGAAAUCAGAAGCUUUUCCCUUGGGAGCUUACAGGCGGCUUACUUUCACCUUCCAAAUAAACCUAUUGUUAUGUCUUUUCAAUGUGCCUUGGAUUACGUGGCCAAAGGUUUUAGAUCAUAUCUCUAUAAUAUUUAUUGAACAAGAUGUUUAUUUAUUUUUUUCUCCAGUGUGAAAAUACUGUAUCGUAACUCAAGAGAGAAUAAAUACUAGCUUUUA